AUGGCAGCAGUCAUCAGUUAUCAGCCAAACCUUGCCUACCCUGUCCACAAUGAUGCUGGCGUAGAAAGCCCACCUCCGAGUCCUACUGGAAAGGCAGAUGUCCCACUUGCAUCACGAUUUAAAGUCCGAUGCCAUCCUCUCGAGCCAGAAGUAACCAACCAAGUCAACGAGUACUUCCUUACACAUUGGCCUUUCAAGGAUGACAAGGCGAAGAAGAAGUUCGUGGGCGCUGGGUUCUCGUAUGUGACCUGCCUGUACUUUCCCAUGGCCAAGGACGACCGCAUCCAGUUCGCCUGCAAGCUCUUGACCCUGCUCUUUCUCAUAGAUGAUCUCCUCGAAGACAUGUCGUUCAAGGAUGGCUCAGCCUAUAACGAGAAGCUUAUCCCCAUUGCUCGAGGAGAUGUCCUCCCUGACCGAAAGGUCCCGGCUGAAUGGAUCAUGUACUACCUGUGGGAAAGUAUGCGGACCCAUGACCGAGAUCUCGCCGAUGGGAUUCUCGAGCCCACGUUCACCUUUAUGAGGGCGCAGACGGAUAAAUCGCGCUUGACGAUCAAGGAGAUGGGCCCCUAUCUCACGUAUCGUGAGAAGGAUGUUGGCAAAGCAGAGGCCAAGCUACUAUGCAAAUUCAUCUCGUACCGAGCAGAGCCAGCUCAAAUAGGAGUCACCUCAUAA